CACUAUUCUACCUGUAUGCAACACCACAUUUCUUUACUUCAACAAACACCUUAAUUUUGUGGGGGAAUUCAAGGGAAGCCAGGUCAAGAUGGCUUCCCCACCACCAACAAGAAUGACAUUGUUGGACACAGCCUCUUCACUUCCGGGUCUGAAUGGAACCACCGAUACCAUAAUCCUCACGAAAGACGACGCACCCUACGAGAGCGAUGACAGCGAAUUGUCCAUUCCCAAUGUCGACGACGAAGCCUCGCCGGCCUCAAACCACCAGUCCGAAUUUGGAGCUCAAGGAGCUCAAGAUACUGAAGCUUCCGAUUCUUCCGAUGCUGAAGCUCAGGAUCAGUCUGAAGACGCAGACUUCGAUAUGGAAGAGGACAGUCCUGCACCGGUCACGAAUGGCAGACGAGAACAGAGCUCAUCAUCCACCGAGUCUCGCCGUCCUACCAAGCGGAAGCUAGAUCUCGAGGAGGAGCAUAUGAGAGCCAAUCCAGAGUUAUACGGUCUGCGGAGAAGUGCCCGUGAAGUCCAACAUCGACCUAUCAUUGAAUCUGAUGACGAUAAUGAUGACUCGGAAAGUGAUGUCGUGCCAGCUCAUAGGACAAAACGAAGAAAGCAGGAGCCGUCACAGCCUUCAUCAAAACGCGAUACGCCUGUCCUUCGAUCAGUCUCCGAUUCCGAUUCUGAUGACACUGAUACAUAUGGUGGUUCUCGAGCCCGAACUCUGACCAAGAAGCAUCGUCGCCGCCAACUCGAAUCUGGCAACCUCGCCCCAGCAUACCAGGAGAAGCGAUGGAAUAGUCGAAGAGCUGCCCAAGUCACUGCUGGAGCAUACCAAGAGAGUGAGGCAGAGUUUGAGGACGAAUCAGAAAUGAUGACUCCCAACUACUGGGCUGGCGAGACUGAGGAUACCACCCCCUAUAUCGAUGUUGUCCUGAAGCAUCGAUUGAAGCAAGGCAAAGAUAUGAAGACGGACGAUCCUACUCGAGAUGACUUCGAAUACUAUAUAAAGUGGCAGGGCAAGUCCCACUAUCAUGCCACCUGGGAGACUACGACUUCAUUGACGGGUAUGCGAGGCUUCCGUCGACUCGAGAACUACUUCAGGAAGAUAGUGCAAGAAGAUAUAUACAUGGCACGUGGUGAUGAUAUCCCUCCCGAAGAGAAAGAGAAGUGGAUGUUGGAUCGCGAGCGUGAUGCAGAUGCUCUCAUUGACUAUACGAAGGUCGAGAGAGUCAUUGGCACUCGAGAUGGAGAAGAUGAGACCGAAUACUUCGUGAAGUGGAAAGGUCUCUACUAUGAGUCUUGCACCUGGGAGGUUGCCUCACUUGUGAGUGAACUCAGUCAAGAUGCAAUAGACCGCUUCCUGGAUCGAAGCUCGCGGACUCUAUCCUCGGACAACAAGGAGUCUAAUCCCAACUCCCGCGGCCCUCACGUGUUCAUUCGAGAACAGCCUUCGUACAUCAAAAAUGGCCAACUUCGAGACUUCCAAAUCAAGGGUCUAAAUUUCCUGGCUUACAACUGGACCAAGAACAAGAAUGUCAUCCUUGCAGAUGAGAUGGGCUUGGGCAAGACUGUACAAACGGUGGCAUUUAUGAAUUGGCUCCGUCAUGAUAGACGGCAAGAGGGCCCUUUCCUCGUUGUAGUUCCUUUGACUACUAUUCCUGCCUGGGCUGACACAUUCGAUCACUGGGCUCCUGAUAUCAACUAUAUCAUCUACAAUGGUAAAGAGGCUUCCAGGAGCAUCAUUCGUGAAUACGAACUGCUUGUCGAUGGAAAUGUCAAGCGACCAAAGUUUAACGUGCUCCUAACCUCUUACGAGUACAUUCUCACUGACGCAACGUUCUUGGCUCAAAUCAAGUGGCAAUUCAUGGCGGUCGACGAAGCCCAUCGUCUCAAGAAUCGGGAGUCUCAGCUAUAUCAGAAGUUGCUCGAUUUCAAGGCUCCAAGUCGACUGUUGAUCACUGGCACUCCAGUUCAGAAUACUCUAGGAGAGCUGUCGGCAUUGAUGGACUUCCUUAUGCCUGGUGAAUUGGAUAUUGAGGAGAACAUGGACCUGACUGAGGAAGCGGCCGGAGAAAAGAUUGCCGCACUCACCAACAAAAUUCAGCCAUACAUUCUUCGUCGUACAAAGCAAAAGGUCGAAAACGAUUUGCCACCAAAGAGUGAGAAGAUCAUCAGAGUCGAGCUUUCCGAUGUUCAGUUGGACUACUAUAAGAACAUCCUCACUCGAAACUAUGCUGCUCUCAACGAAGGCUCCAAAGGCCAAAAGCAAUCUCUUCUCAACAUCAUGAUGGAAUUGAAGAAAGCUAGCAAUCACCCAUACAUGUUUCCGAAUGCUGAAGAGAAGAUACUGAAAGGAAGCGAGCGACGAGAAGACCAACUUAAAGGCUUGAUUGCAAGCAGUGGAAAGAUGAUGCUUCUUGACCAGCUCCUCACUAAAUUGAAGAGAGACAAUCAUCGUGUCCUGAUCUUUAGCCAGAUGGUGAAGAUGUUGGACAUCCUUGGUGACUAUCUCCAGCUUCGUGGGUAUCAAUUCCAACGUCUUGAUGGCACUGUUGCUGCUGGUCCUCGCCGCAUGGCCAUAGAUCAUUUCAACGCUGAAGAUAGCAAUGACUUCUGCUUCCUGCUCUCUACUCGUGCGGGAGGUCUCGGUAUCAACUUGAUGACGGCAGAUACCGUCAUCAUAUUCGAUUCUGACUGGAAUCCUCAAGCCGAUCUUCAAGCCAUGGCUCGUGCCCACCGCAUUGGCCAGAAGAAGCCCGUCAGUAUAUAUCGACUUGUCUCUAAGGAGACUGUAGAGGAAGAGGUUUUGGAGCGUGCACGUAACAAACUCAUGCUAGAAUUCAUCACCAUUCAAAGAGGCGUCACUGACAAGGAGAAGAAAGAGCUUCGCGAAAAGGCAGUUAAGGCUGGUAAGAUCGACGAUCCAAAGUCGUCUGAGGACAUCUCGAGGAUUCUCAAGCGACGAGGGCAAAAGAUGUUCGAACAGUCUGGAAAUCAAAAGAAGCUCGAAGAACUCGACAUCGAUUCAGUCCUUGAGAAUGCUGAAGAACAUAAGACUGAAGUUCCCGAGGGCAUGGUUGCUGAUGGUGGAGAGGACUUCCUCAGGAGCUUCGAGUAUACUGAUGUCAAGAUCGAUCUUGAAUGGGACGACAUCAUUCCUAAAGAUCAACUCGCAGGAAUCAAGGCCGAAGAGGAAAAACGGGCUCAUGAAGAAUACCUUGCCAGAGUCGUCGAAGAGAAUGCCCCCCGUAAGGCUGCCAUGAGAAACACUGCGGAGAUCGAAAGAGAGCAGCGUCUUGCUAAGAAGCGAGAACGAGACCAAGCUAAGCAAGACGAGCUCGACGAAAAAAGAGAAGCACAGGCGAAUCGUGCCGAUCCUAACCGGGAAUUGAACGAGAAGGAAGCUAGGAAUCUCUUCCGGGCAUAUUUCCGUUAUGGGUCUCUCGAUGAACGCAAGGAAGAAUUGAUCAAGGAUGCUCGUCUCGUAGGCCGGAAUAUCGAAAUUCUUCGUUCUGCCAUUCGAGCUAUCACCGACGAAAGUGAAAAACUUCUCAAGGCCGACAAUGAGAGGAUUGAGGCUCUCGAACGCGAAACGAAUAAGCCUCUGACGAAGAAAGACAAAAAAGCUGUUCUCUUCGACUUCCUCGGUGUCAAGCGUCUCAAUGCUGAGACUAUCAUCGAGCGCCCCGGUGAGAUGAGAAUGUUAAAGGAGAUCAUUCCGUCAGCUUCCGAGUUCAAGAACUUUCGUGUACCUGACGCAUCAAAAGCCGCCCACUACUCUUGUGAAUGGGGUGCUAAAGAGGAUGGCAUGCUACUCGUCGGUAUUCAUAGGCACGGCUAUGGUGCUUGGGUGCAGAUCAGGGACGACCCGGAUCUUGGUCUCAAGGAAAAGUUCUUCCUGGAAGAGCACCGAGUAGACAAGAAGGAGGAGCGCAACAAUGGGAAUGAGAAAGUUGCUAAAGCUCCAGGAGCUGUUCAUCUUGUUCGACGAGCUGACUAUCUUCUCUCUGUCCUGAAGGCAAAGUAUUCUGACAACCAAGCAGCCAAGCGUGCUGUCGAGAAUCAUCACAGGAACAACAAGAAGCACGAACGAACGAAUGGCCAUCGACGAUCAGAGACUCGAGGGUCUGUGUCCGCUUCGCCGGCUCCACCAGUGAAGAAGCACCACCGCCAACCUGAACAUCGCAGUCGAGACCGAGAACGAGAUCGUGCAGAUAGCCACAGUCGUGCCGGUCCGGAACGUUCCACUCCUAAGCCUGACCUGAAGAGAAAACAUAGCGCACCUGAUGAUGAUCGUCCGCAUUCAAAGAAUCACAAGUCGGAGAAUGGCCAUUCAAAAUCGACUCAUCAACAAGAUUCCAUGCUGCGUGUCAUUUUCCGGCCGGUGAAGGACAGUCUCAAGCGAAUACAGUCUGCCACUAAGGACAAAAUCACAUCGAGGAAAGAGAGGGCGAAUUUGAUGAAGGUAGAGCUGGUAACACUCGGCAACUUCAUCAAUGAUCUCACCAAGGAAGAAGGGAAUGCUUUAGAGGACCAAUUCUGGGAAUAUGUUGCCGGAUUUUGGCCCCCAGUUGAGGGCAAACCCUUGGCUGGACAAAGAUUGAUCGCCAUGUAUAAGAAGAUCACGAACCCUGAGACAGCAGUGGCAGAUGGCGCCAGUACAUCAGCAACUCCAGUUGUAAAUGGCACGUCUACACCGGCUGCGAAGGUGAAGACUUAGAUUGAUAUCAUCAUAUGCUUCGAGUGGAUUUCGUCAAAAUACCAUUGCGUGGGCGUUUAUGGAAUUCGUUGAAUUACUGGGAAUUCAAAUCGGGGUUGGGUUUGCAUGCAUGGGUUUGCGGUUGGGAUUGGUUGCAUCACAUCAGGCGUUGAGGGUCAUUUUCCAUCUAUUUUAGAGCGAUUGCCAUUACUCCGUUCGGCAGGAGUUUCACACCAUACUUGGUUGGCAUGGCAUUCUAUCGCUGGGUCUGGUCUCAUCAGAGAGACUCGAUUGGUGUUUCCUGGUAUUUGAAAUUGCAGCAAAAAGAUGGUCCUGUCAUAUAAAACGGGGUUCUCCACAACAUUGAAACCCAAAAGUUGGUGGGACACGAGUUGCGAUUGCAGUUGGGAUCAGAGUAGCUGGGAUAUGCACACAUCAGAUUGAUUGUAGCAUUGCAAAUAUACUGGCCUACUUCCCACCUCACCUCACCUCUCUCCGUGAUGCUCUGUUGCCUAC